AUGUCCCGCACCGCAGUGCGUAGCUCACAGGCAGCAGUGAUCCCCAGUACUGCUUAUCAUGAAAUGGGCGCUUCAUUAACUAUCGUCACGAAGGUCUCAAUCGCGACACUACAGACUCGAGCGCUCUCGUCCAAGGUCAGUGACGAUUAUGCACUGAAUUUGGCCAAGGUAUUAGCCCCAGAGGCCACAUUAAAUGAGUUCAAGGAGUUGUAUCGCACGCCUGGUGUAAAGCACACAACUGUGAUCAAGAUUGGCGGUGAGGUGAUCAUUAAUGAGCUGGAAACGCUCAUCGAAUCACUUCGCUUUAUGAAGGACACGGGGCUUUUUCCGAUCCUCGUGCAUGGGGCCGGUCCGCAGAUGAACGAUGAGUUGAACAAACAGGGCGUUGAGCCCCAGUAUGUGGGUGGGAACCGUGUUACUGACCAAAAGACGCUUGACAUUGCACAGAAAAUCUUUAUCGAUACGAACGCGACGCUUGUGGCUGCACUCAACAAGGCCGGUGUGUCUGCUAAGGGUAUUACAAACGGUGUCAUCCAGGCAGAUUUUAAGGACAAGGAGGUCUAUGGCUUUGUGGGUGAGGUGCACAAGAUCCACAGUAACCCUGUCCAGGCGGCCAUUGACGCUGGUCAAAUUCCCGUGCUGUCAUGUCUUGGCGAAAGUGCAAACGGUCAGACGCUCAAUAUUAAUGCUGACGUGGCUGCUCGCCAACUGGCUCUCAGCUUGCAGCCACUAAAAACCAUCUUUGUCAAUGCCAAGGGAGGUUGGAUCGAGGACGACGGCACAAAACUCAAAACGAUCAAUAUGACUAAGGAUUACGAGCGCAUGGCCGCCCGUGACUAUACUGGCCGUCAAGGCACACUCUUGAAGCUUAAUGAGAUCAAUACGCUUUUGCAGGGUCUGCCGUCGACAUCGUCGGUGGUGCUCACGUCGGCAUCACAGCUCAUGCGCGAGAUUGUAAGCAAAAAAAGCGCGGGUACGACGUGUAUUAAGGGUGAAAAGCCUGCUGUUGCCAGCGAAAAGAGCAGUACCAAAUCGUCGGCGAUUCCUCGUGGUCCUAAUGGAAAGUACCGCGUUGGUCUUCUUGGUGCGCGUGGAUAUGUAGGCGGCGAGCUCAUUCGCGUAAUUGGUCGACACCCGGAGCUGGAGCUAGUGUGUGCUAGCUCGCGAGCCCUGGCUGGGAAAAAGGUUGUCAAGGUCGCUUCUGCCCCGCCACUUAACCCUCACACGAAGCUACCGGCCAAGCUAGUUGAGGAUGUGGAGCUGAACAUUGAUCCUGAACUGGAAUUCUGCGAGCUUGGGCUGGACGGUAUUGCGACCUCGCCGUUUGGAGAGAGCGUCGAUGUGUGGGUUGUGGCGUUACCCAAUGGCUACUGCGAGGACUACGCCACUGCUCUGAAUGCGCUUCCCAGGAAAGAUAAGAUCAUCAUUGACUUGAGCGCGGACCAGCGUUUCAAUUCGGAGUGGACAUACGGCUUGCCGGAGGCUCCGGGUGGACGCACGCGGCUGCAGGGUGCCACACAUAUCUCUAAUCCCGGCUGUUACGCUACUGGUGCGCAGCUCGGAUUGAUGCCACUACUUGGAGGCAAACCUGAGGUGAGCGGAAAGCUGAUCAACGAGAGCGUUCCGCCACAUGUGUUCGGAGUUUCGGGCUAUAGCGGUGCUGGCACAAACCCUUCCAAGGCCAACGACCUGGAAGUACUCACCGACAACAUUAUUGCGUACAAGUCGGUAAAUCACAUUCACGAGCACGAAGUUAGCCACCAGCUUGGUACACCUGUUCGAUUCAUGCCUCAUGUCGCACCGUACUUCCAGGGUAUCCAUCUCACGUUGUCCGCACAGCUUGCUGACAAUGGAAUCGUUACUUCAGCGAAACAGGCUGAGGAGCUUUAUCAGGAGUUUUUCAUGAAUGAAGCUUUGGUGAAGGUUACGUCGGACAUCCCGCUCGUGAAGGACAAUGCGUAUCAUCCACAUGUGACUGUGGGCGGCUUCCAGCUGGACUCGGACACGGGUCGACUUGUGGUGAUUGCUACCAUUGACAACCUUCUCAAGGGUGCAGCUACGCAGGCAGUACAGAAUAUUAACGUUGCGCUUGGGAUUGACGAGUACGUUGGAAUCAACUUCAAGUAA